UUCUUUCUACCAUAGUUUCCUUUAUAAACCAACAUAGCAAUUAACCUAGGCUCACACUCCACACUACACCACCAUGACCGAACAAGUAGACGAAGAGCAUUGCUGCCACCACAGCAACCGUCGAAAGUACUACCGCCGCCUCUUCGCCGCCUUCCUAACCCUAAUAAUCCUCACCCUCCUCAUAAUCCUCAUUGCAUGGGCCAUUCUCCGUCCCAAAAACCCUCAUUUCACCCUCCAAGACGCCACCCUCUACGCCUUCAACGUCACCACCGCAUCAAACCUCCUCACAACCAACUUCCAAAUCACCCUCUCCUCCUCAAACCCUAAUGGCAAAUCCGGGAUCUCCUUCAAAAACCUAGAAAUUUUCGGGGUCUACAAGAACCAACAAAUCACCCUAGCAACUCAACUCCCCAACACCUACACUGGUCACAAAGAUGCCACCGUGUGGUCACCUUUUCUGUAUGGCACAUCCGUGCCCGUGGCACCGUACCUGGCCACGUCACUGGCUCAGGACCAAAUGGCGGGCACGGUGCUGAUAAACCUCAAGGUGUUCGGAAAAGUGAGAUGGAAGGUUGGGAGCAUGAAUACCAAGUGGUACCAUUUGAAAGCUAAUUGUCCGGCUUAUAUACCAUUCGGAGGAAAGAGUAAUGGUUAUUUAACGGUUGGAAAUGCUGUUAAAUAUCAGUUGCUGCAGAACUGUAAUGUGGAUGUUUAGCGGAGGAUUAGCGUGGCAAGAUUUCUAGUACUGGUUAAUUAAUCAUACUCUCUUUUUGCUGUUUUUUUUUUCUGUUUUGUUUCUUGAAUCAUGUUCUUCUCGAGUUGCUUGUUCUUGAUUAAUCAACUGCGACUUUUAUUGUUA